UCACAUUUCUAAUUUAUUGUCAAUUUACAAGGUGACCUCUAAUCCAAAAUAAUAGUCGUGAGCCGGUGAUAGCCAGUAGGCUAGAGAACGUUCUUAUUCUUUGAAUUUGGAGGGUAGUAUUCAGUGAUCAUGGCCACCCCAAAAUCAGAUAACGAGAGAAGAAAACAAAUAAGUGUCAGAGGAAUAGCUGAAAUCGACGAUGUUAACGAAAUCAAAAAGACUUUCAACAGGCACCUUCAUUACACUUUGGUCAAAGAUAGAAAUGUUGCAACUUCCAGAGAUUAUUAUUUUGCUCUAGCUCACACGGUAAAGGAUCAUCUCGUUUCAAGGUGGAUAAGAACUCAGCAAUAUUAUUAUGAGAAGGACCCUAAGAGGGUCUACUAUCUCUCCCUGGAAUUUUACAUGGGUCGAUCUCUCCAAAACACCAUGAUCAAUCUAGGAAUUCAAUCGUCAGUGGAUGAAGCUCUCUACCAACUAGGAUUGGACAUUGAAGAGUUAGAAGAACUUGAAGAAGAUGCUGGACUCGGUAAUGGAGGAUUGGGUCGAUUGGCGGCAUGUUUUUUGGAUUCUAUGGCAACUUUAGGUAUGGCGGCCUAUGGUUACGGUAUCAGAUAUGAGUAUGGUAUCUUUGCUCAAAAAAUAAUUAAUGGUGAACAGCAAGAAGAACCGGACGACUGGUUGAGAUACGGAAAUCCUUGGGAAAAGGCACGACCAGAAUACAUGUUGCCUGUGAAUUUUUACGGCAACGUAAUUGAUACUCCGGAAGGUAAAAAGUGGGUCAAUACUCAGGUGGUGUUUGCCUUGCCUUACGACAACCCCAUUCCUGGGUACAACAAUAACGUGGUCAAUACUCUGAGAUUGUGGUCUGCGAAGUCCCCUGUUGAUUUCAAUUUGAAGUUCUUUAAUGAUGGAGACUACAUCCAAGCUGUGCUUGACAGAAACUUGGCCGAAAACAUAUCAAGGGUUCUUUAUCCUAAUGACAACUUCUUCGAGGGUAAAGAGCUACGACUCAAACAGGAAUACUUCAUGUGUGCCGCAACCCUGCAAGACAUUAUCAGGAGGUUCAAGGCAGCGAAGUUUGGCACCCGCGAAGCUACCAGAACCGAUUUCGACCUCUUACCUGACAAAGUAGCCAUUCAACUCAACGAUACUCAUCCCUCUUUGGCCAUCCCUGAGCUCAUGAGAGUUUUGGUAGAUAUCGAAGGUUUACCAUGGGAGAAAGCGUGGGAUAUCACUGUCAAAACUUGCGCUUACACCAAUCAUACCGUCCUGCCAGAAGCUUUGGAGAGAUGGCCUGUUACGAUGCUAGAAAGUAUUUUGCCCAGACACUUGCAGAUCAUUUACCAAAUCAAUCAUUUUCAUUUGGAAGACAUUCAAAGAAAAUGGCCUGGUGAUUUAGACAGAAUGAGACGUAUGUCUUUGAUCGAAGAAGAUGGUGAAAAGAGGGUCAACAUGGCACAUUUGUCCAUUGUUGGGUCUCAUGCAGUGAAUGGGGUGGCCAGGAUACAUUCUGAAAUCAUCAAAAGUGAUUUGUUCAAAGACUUCUAUGAAUUGACUCCAGAAAAAUUCCAAAACAAGACGAACGGAAUCACUCCCAGGAGAUGGUUGCUUCUCUGCAACCCUGGCCUGAGUGAUCUCAUAUCCGACAAAAUCGGCGACGAAUGGACUGUCCAUUUGGACCAACUGCAGAAACUGAAAAAAUUUGCAAAAGAUUCCAACUUCCAACGCGCCAUCAUGAAAGUCAAACAGGAAAAUAAACUCAGACUGGCUCAACUGUUAGAACAAGACUAUGGCGUCAAAAUUAACCCCUCAUCGAUGUUCGACAUCCAAGUGAAGCGUAUCCACGAGUACAAGAGGCAGUUGCUCAACUGUCUGCACAUAAUCACACUUUAUAAUAGGAUAAAGAAGAACCCCGCGGCUAAAUUUACGCCCCGGACAAUCAUGAUUGGGGGCAAAGCUGCACCUGGAUAUUACACAGCCAAGAAAAUCAUCAAACUAGUGAACAUGGUCGCGAACGUUGUGAACAACGACCCCAUCGUUGGUGACAAACUUAAAGUUAUCUAUCUGGAGAACUAUCGGGUGACCCUGGCUGAGAAAAUAAUGCCAGCGGCUGAUUUGAGCGAACAAAUCUCUACAGCUGGAACAGAAGCCUCCGGUACGGGCAAUAUGAAGUUCCAGCUUAACGGGGCACUCACCAUCGGUACUCUUGACGGCGCCAAUGUUGAAAUGGCCGAGGAAAUGGGUAACGAAAAUAUUUUCAUCUUCGGCAUGACCGUGGAAGAGGUGGAAGAGCUGAAGAAGAAGGGUUACAAUGCCUAUGAUUAUUAUAACUCAAACCCGGAGUUGAAGCAGGUGAUCGAUCAGAUCGAGAACGGUUUCUUCAGUCCAGGAAAUCCAGACGAGUUUAAGGAUUUGGCGGAUAUUUUGUUGAAGUAUGACAGGUUUUUCCUGUUGGCUGAUUACGAGGCUUAUAUCAAGAAGCAGGAUGAAGUUAGCGCUGUCUACGAGAAUCAAGCGAAAUGGUUGGAAAUGGUAAUCAACAACAUUGCCACCUCUGGAAAAUUCUCAAGUGAUCGCACCAUAAUAGAAUACGGCAAAGACAUAUGGGGAGUAGAGCCCAAUUACGAAAAACUUCCUGACCCGUCCGUUCCAAGAGAACUGGCAUUGAAAGACAACUAAAGUAGGCUCUUAUCGAUUUAGUUCAAACGACUUUUGUAAAGUUGUUUUACAUUAGUAGCGUAUUCGUGUAAGGAGUUUAACUUCUAUUAUCUUUGGAUUCAUCUCUUAAAUUUUUUGAAAGUUCUUGCAUGAUUUCAACAGAACUGUCGCUAGCUCCAUGCGAUAAAACAUUCACUCAAGAUAAACAGUUGCAGAUGCAAUACUCAAAAAUCAUUAUGAAAAGUUUGCCAGCAAUUAGGUAUUGGGAACUACGGUGUGCCAUCUAAGUACAAAAAGUGCCAAUAAUGGGAAGCAGAAAAGUUAUUUUUCUUUAUAUACAGUGCUACUACUCACGAUGAUGUGACGAUGGCACUCAACAUAACUUCUACCCAAUGUUUAGUCUUUUUAUUUAUUUUUCAAUUUAAAAGUGGUAGAGUCAAAAUUUGUAACUAAUAACUGUGAAUCAAGGUACUAAGUGAUUUUUAUAAAAAUCCAGCAAUUUUUUCGCAAAGUCGGCAGGAUUAUUUCAAUAUUAUAUCAAUUGUUACAAUAAAGAGAGUAUUUCUAUGUCCACUUGUUGAAUCAAGUAUGAGAUUACUAUAACUCUUGUUAUAUAUUAUUAUACAUUUUAUGUAUUUUAUCGAUUAUUGCUUCAAAAGUUAUUUCUCGAAACAAAGAUAAUUACUCUUGACUGUUUAGAACAAAAAGAAUAAAUGAAUAUGUUAAUUA